UAAAAGUGAAACACUGGACGACGAAGGGUCUUCAUGAUUCUGCAUUCAUACUCCACCACAGUGAUUCUGAAAUAUCAACUCAAACCAGCAGCCUGGUGGAUCAGUGGAUGGCGCGUUCGCUGAAUUAUUAUUUUGCGACUGGGUGCUGACAAGUCACAGGUAGGGCCAUUCUGUGUUUGGUCGUUGUUUCAGACCGGACGUAUUUUUACAGCGACACCAUCGCCGCCACCUCCACCACCAUGGAAUCUGGUUCACAGCGUGUGUUGAUGUAUUUGACGGAAAUUGAGGAGGCAGCUGAGGAUGUUCUCACUGCUAAACAACAGAUUGUGGACCUAGAUUCAAAGAGAAACAGGAACAGAGAGGCUCUGAACGCCCUGAAAACUGAAAUGGCGGAUACAGACCAGGAGCAGCUGGACAGGGAGAUAAAUGACCUUCGCAAAGGGCUGAAAGCAAAAGUCAAUCGUCUCAAUGAGAUGCAAGGUAAACCUGAGCUGAGAGGCUACAACCUUUCUCCACUGUCUGCUGAUGAAGUAAAAGCUAUUAACAGUCUUUUAAAGAGAUGACAUCACAUCUGAAAUGCAGGUUAUAAGGGAUUGUUAACAAGAGCAUCCUGUGCUUCUGGUAAGGAUGGAUGUGUUGCCUCAUGAUAGGACAAAUUCACCGUCCAGAAAGAGCAAACUUGAAUGUUUACUUAGACCUGUAUCUGCAUCUCCACGUGUGACAUAGAUUAUAAAUGAUAUGGUAAGAUGAUGACAGGAUAGUUAGUGCAGCAGCAACAGGACAACAUGUCUGGGUUGAUCUGGUAACCUGCUCCUGUAAAACUGCACACAUCAUCUUGCUGAGCUGAUGAUUUAUUGGUGUUCUUUCCAUGAUAGUAAGUGUUGCAUGUGAAUCAGGGGCAUCAUUCCUGAUUCUCCAGAUCAGAGUUUAGCAGUGUGCCAUGAUUUAAUAACUACUUGUAAGUACGAUGUACAGUAACAGAUACAACUUUGUAUACCUACACAUUGUUUACCAGAUGCAGUAAGGCCUGACCGUGCAUCUGUGAUCCUCUGCUUGCUCUGUGAUCAUGAGAGGGCAGUGCAGGUUAAAAGUUGAGAGACACAUCCAUGAAUCACGUUCUGCCUCCUGUUACAAAUAUUGGAAAGUUUUAUUACAAACGUCAAUAAAACUCAAUUGGGAAGUCUUA